GGACCAGACUAGACCAAAUCUGACCGCAAAGGCGUGAUCUGGACCGGAUCAUAUAGUCUGUGAUCUGAUUGUGAUCUAUACUUCAGUCUCUCGAUCUAAACCAUAGAUCGUACCGUUUCCCAACCCAUUGCAAGGUGCAAGAGUAGGUGCUUUGUGUCUCCUUUUACGACUUCGGGGCCGGAUUGGAAGCAAGCGGUGGUGCUCUCCCGCUGGAAAUUGAGUCAACCGAAAAUAUUAGAUAUCUUUUAAAUAUAUUUUUUUUAAUAAUUAGCUUUCAUCCCAAUGCGCUAUUAUUACCAUGGUUAAAAUCAUCAACACCAGCAAAGAAAAAUCAGAUUAUUAACGAGGAAUUUUUUUUUUAAUCUUGUGGACGCCCCAUCUCCCAAGCGGCAAACAGACUCUUUUUUCCCCACCGCAUGUCUUUCUUUCUUUCCCUCUUCUUCGCAUCCUCUGUUCUUUCUUUCUCAACGAAACAGUAGUGGCUCCUCCAAUCCUUCGCUCUUCUUCUUCCUCCAAAUUGAUGUCGAUGGUGAUGCCAUUCGUUGGGUUAUUCCCUGUUUUCUUAAGAAGUGGGUUUAGACUUUAGACUACACCCACAACGCAAUUAAGGCAGCAGCACCAGCCCACUGUUUUCUCUCUCUUUCUCUCUCUCUCCAUCUUCACUCUGCACUUCCCCUUUUCUUACUCUGUUCGUUUUCCUAUUUUCUGCCCCCUUUUCUCUCACAUCCAACCAAAACAGAAGCUGAGAAAUGUUGGAAGAAACGGUAGCAUCCGCUGUACAUUCUUCGAUCUGGGCAUCCAUGACCAGCUGGUGCACACCCACUCUCCUUUUCCUCUUCCUGAACAUCAUGAUUGGCACCAUUGCCAUCACCUCCAGCUUAGCUUCCCAGAAGGCCACCAAUCAUCAAGACGACCAUCACCAGCAGCAGCAACAUCAGCAUCAAGAUAAACAGCACCAGCACCAGCACCAGCAAAUUUGGAGGUCACCGUCUAUGCUGCAGAGGCUCAAGUCCAUCAACUUCUACAGCCACAGAUCUCAGGAAUCCCAAGUCCAUACUACUGUAGCAGCAGCAGCAGCUUAUGAGAAGUCUCCGGCGGAGGGAGUAUUCGAGACUGCUGCUACACAUUAUUUUGGAAGCUAUGACCAAACCCACCAGGAAAGCCAGCAGGCGGCGGUGCCGGCUCUCUCCAGAUCUCCUUCCGUGCUGCAGAGGCUGAAAUCCUUCAAUCCCUACAAUUACAUCCAGCCCCCCCAAAUCCCAACCACGCCGCAGCGGGAGGAGCCAGAAGCGGAGAUUAAUUACACGACUCGGGAGCAGCAGAUCGAGGAGGAGGAAGCGGCGGAGACGCUGGACGAGAUAUACAGCAAGCUGCGAACCGGCAACAAACUGGUGGGGAGAUCGAAAUCGGACACGAAGCCCGUAGCCGGGGAAGUCCCCAAGAAGCUGGCGAAGAAGAUGAGGAAAUCGGCUAGCACGAGGUCGGCGUUCGCCCAUUUCGAGGAAGUGGAAGUGGUGGAGGCGCGGAGGCCGGCGACGGUGAAGGAAGGGAAGAGCAAGAAGUUGGUGGCCGAUGAGGAAGGGGAGGAGGACAGCGGGGUGGAUGCCAAGGCGGACGACUUCAUCAACAAGUUCAAGCAGCAGCUGAAGCUGCAGAGGGUCGACUCCAUAAUCAGUGCUGCUGUGGCAGUAAGAUCAGAGCUCCGGCUGCCUUGCUUAAUUAAACUGUUGCUUUUUGCGGUUUGGCGAUAUUGGUGGAUGUGGAUUUGUGUUUUCCUGCUUAAGGAGUCUUCCAGCGGAUGAACUCUGGAUAGAAAAGAAAGGCAUAAUCAACAACCAGCCAGUGCCCAGUGCUUUUCUGCAGCAGCAUCGAGUAAGUCGGUAGGUAGAUACUCGUGCCAAUUUUUCACUCCGUUUGAGACGCCACCGUUUCUGCGGUCCGGUCUUUGGAAAAUUAGGGUGGUUUGCAUUGCAUGACUGCUAUGGAUAUUAUUAUCAAGCAUGGCUAAAAGGAUGACCACCGCCGUGGCGGUAUUAGUGAUGGCAAUUUGAAUUCGUCUUGUGGGGCGGAACAUGAGUAUCUACUUUCGUUCUGCCUCGUCUUGUUCUUGUCUAUUUUGUAUUAAUUUUUUAAAGAAUUUAUUCAUAUUUUGAUUUAUCUUUAACUAGGUAGACUUGAUCUUUCAACUAGUUAGUUUUGACUAUUCGUUCUAUUAUCACUAUUUUUCACUCAUUAAGUGUUUUUUACUUUGUUUUAUCGUAGAAAGUAAAAUUUUGUGUGUAUUUUUUCCAAAUAAAAUGUAAGAGUGGUUCGACCAGUCCUGUCCCAUCCCCGCCCCGACUCGAACUAGCAUGGAGCGGGGCAUGGAUAUUGAGGUACCCCUGCCCCAUUGCCAUCACUAGGCAAUAUUGCAAAACAGUUCAAUUUUCUUUUUGAGUCUUGAGUGGGAAGUAAACUUAUCUCACUGGUAUAGAGGAAGUUAAUUUUGUCGUUGAUUACUUUAUGGGUAAGAGACAUGGUUAUGAUUUUGGCACACAUCCUUUCAAUAAGUUUGUGUGACGAGGGGCUAGUCCAAUGACUUUGCUACGUGGUGGGUGUUUUUUUUGUGAAAGUUAUUUCUUUUUUAAUGAUGUACUUGUUUUAUGAUCAAAUCAAUCAAUAAAUAAUGUGUCCAUCCAUAUAACCAGACAUUUGGAAAACAAAUUUCAUGUAUCAUACAAUAUGGAGUCGAGAAUAUGAGUUCAUCUUCUCAUACAUUUCUCAUUACGACGCAGUUUACUGGUCUAUGAAUUUAUAUGUGUCAAUAAAUCAUUGAAAUAUAUGUGCAUCAACAUUACAAUACAUUUGAAGUACGAAUUUCACUUAUUUGCGGUAUGCUAACUCUUAGAAGGAAGAAUAGGAGAUGCAUAGCAUGGAUUGGUUUGCAUUCAUUAAAAACGUAAAAGCGACAGUUAAUACUAAUCGAUCUGCCGAUUAAAGAGUUGUUUUAUGCCAUGCAAUAGGGAGUGCCUUCUUGUUUAUUUUAGUGAAGUGUAAUUCAGUUUCUUUUUGUCCGGUUCUACUGUGAAGUUUCAGAUACCAAUUAUUUAUUCCGGGAAACAAGUGAGAGUCGGCGACGGACAUGUGUAUAUUGAGUCAACUAACAGUUUGUGAUUAAUGCAAAGGGUGGGUGUCCUGUCCAUCACGUGGUGGUAGCUAGCUAUCGUAAGAUGGGUGAAGCUCUAUAAUUCCCAGGGCCUUAAAGAUUGUUCAAACUUCAAACCAUCACCAACCAGUUCUUCCACCAACUAACCAGUUCUUCAAAUUCAACAAUUCAUUUGAUCCAAUUCGAUAUAAUUUAUGAAUCAACCAGUGUGGCUCUGCCAGUUAGUAAUUUUUUUUUACGUAUGAUAAUCUUUAUUGCGCUUUAAGAUUGGUUACAAAGAGGGACAAAGAACCGGCAUUUUGGUUUCAACAAGAGUAAGGCUCCAGGGUACUCGGUUACAAUCAAACUACGUUUAGGAAAUAUCGAUACGAAGAACGAAACGCAGACUGAAAGCAGCCACCCAAAAGAGCAAAACUAUUGAACGGAAACAUAUGUCAUGAAUCUCUCUAGCAACCAACCAAUCAGAGUGAAACAAGAUCAACUUGUCUGAUCAUAUUAAAAUUCAUGGCUAGUGAUCACAUAAAAUCAUGUGCCGCCUCCUGGGGAUAGUUCAAAGAGUCCCAUCACAGUGAAUCCUAGAAACAAGUUUGCAUGACAGUGGAGGAGAAUAUGAAAUGGAUUACUCUAAGCUAAAGAGGUAGAGGAAGCCGAGGCAGAGAGAUUGGGUUCAAAGUAAAGCAGAAAAUCUCAUAUGAAUUAAGAAUGAAUGAAAUAAAGGAAACUAGAUUAGGUGUGAAUAUAGUAUGAAAAUUCCUACAAUGCAUAUUCCAAUUCUAGGUCGAGCAUACAAUUUAUCUAAUUCAAAGAGCCAUAAAAAACUACUAUAUCAAACAUGUUAUACGUAAUUCUAAAUCAGUUUGACAAAUGUAGAAAUAUAAAAAUUUCAAUUCAAACGAAUGAAAAAUCAAUAAGCUCCUAAAUCAUUCUAAGAGUAGUGAUGACAAUGGGGUGAGGUGGGUGGGGCGGGCGGGUACAUCAAUACUCAUGCCUCAUCCCAUGCUAUUACAAGUAUGGGCGGGGCGGGUCGACCCACUCUUACAUGUUAUUUGAAAAUAUACAAGUAAUAUUUUACGUUUUAUGGGAAAACACUUGGUGAAUGCAAAAUAGUGAUAAUAGAAUGAGUAAUUGAGUCUAACUAAUUGAAAGAUUAAGUCUAGCUAGAUAAAAAAAAUGCCAAAUAUGAGAAAUAUAAUUAGAUACGGUAAGAAAUUGAGAUAGAAUGGGCUAGGAAUGGGGCGGGGCAAAACGAGUCUGAAGUAGGUGCACAUCCCCCCCCCCCCCCCCCCCCUUCGGGCCGCUACUGCGGGUCGGGUAAUACCCGCCCUAUCGCGAUUUGUCUGUUACCGUUAGUAAUUUUAUAACUUUUAUCUUAGUUAAAAUGCUAAGAUUUUGGAAUGUUGACUGGCAAGUGUUUCUUCCAAGUCAGUUUCAUGUUGCCAAGUCAAUAUUACUAAUAAAACUUCUAACGAGAAGUUAACAUUUGGCUAAUAUUUUAUAUUUUGAGAUGUUUGGCUAAUAAAUUUUAUUUACCCUAAUUUUUAAAUUAUGAAGUUUGUUUUUGGCUUGAAAUUUUGAGUUGCUCAAUGGAGGAAAACAUUGUAUCCUUUUGGUAGGUGUUAGAGCAAAUUUUGAACUUAAGAUGAGAAUGGAGGAUUUAAGGAUGUAAAAAAUAGUACGAAAUCAACUUUCAUAAUAUGGAGGUAAUUGUUCUAACACAAAAAUGCUAGAAAACCGCCGCAUCACACAAAGGAAAUGGCAGCGGCCACCCUGAUGUCCUAGCCACUACAAAACCCCCAUUUUCGGCCACCAACACCACACAACCCCUUAUUUUUUCACUUUCCCUUCUUUCUCUUACAUGAAAAUCCUCUCUCUUCUCUCUAUAAUUCAAAUAUGCUUCAAGAAGUUACAUAGUCUACAAGGACUAGGAAACCCUUUCCUAGUUGGUUUAGGAGAAUUUUAGCCAAUCGAGUUUUCACCUAUAACUAGAGGGCAUGGCUAAUUAGUUCAGGAAGGCUUCACAACCACAAUAAAACUUCUAUACUAUG